CCUCUCCUCGAACACAUCCAAUGCUACGCAAUUUAUCCAGAAAGGGCCAGUGCUACGAUGUGGAGAAGAUGCUCCUCGGAAGCACAUAUCCGAUUUCCCGGGACAGCAUUUGUAAUCGUUCCUAACGAAUCAUGAAGCUAUCUUCACUCCUCAAACACAGGACAGAAUUCAAUGGCAGAUGUCACUGCUGCGAUAGCGGGGUUAAAAUCGAUAACCCCGCUUGAAUCCGUCGAGGGGAAGCUACAAAAUGUUGUGCUUCCCGCGAUCUGGGCGGUUUUGCUAUACCAAUCUCUAUUGUUCGACUGAUCAACAGCACUCACUGAACAGACAGCAAUCAGCGACCAUAAACCUUCCAAGAACCAACACACGAUAGUAAGCAUCAAACCGCAAACAUGGCGAACAAGGAGAUGCCAAUCAGCCUGAAAAAGUCCGUCGAGGGCACGAAAGUCGAAUACGUCAACCUAGGCAAGAGUGGGCUUCGCGUUUCCGUCCCAAUUCUAGGAGCAAUGAGUUUUGGACACCCAGAUUGGGCGAGCUGGGUCAUUGAUGAGGAAAAGGCUUUUCCUCUCCUGAAAGCGGCCUGGGACGCAGGACUCAAUACGUGGGACACGGCGAACGUAUACUCGAACGGAGCAUCAGAAGAAAUCAUCGGUAAAGCGAUCAAGAAGUUCGAGAUCCCGAGACAGAAGUUGGUUAUCCUCACAAAGUGCUUUGGAGCCGUGGGCGAGGAGCCAAAUGUGAGGCAUAUUUUCUUCCCGAAUGAAGUUAGGGGUAGUAAGGAUUAUGUGAAUCAGCAUGGACUCUCCCGCCAAGCUAUCUUCAACGCAGUCGAUGCCUCCCUCAAGCGCCUCGGUACUACUUACAUCGACCUCCUCCAAAUUCACCGAUAUGACCCCAACACUCCCAUUGAAGAAACAAUGGAAGCACUCCACGACCUAGUCAAGAGUGGAAAGGUCCGAUAUAUCGGUGCUAGUAGCAUGUGGGCCACACAAUUCGCCCAAAUGCAAUUCGUAGCCGAGAAGAACGGCUGGACAAAGUUCGUCAGCAUGCAGAACCAUUUUAACCUGCUAUACCGAGAAGAAGAGCGGGAGAUGAACCGGUUCUGCAAUGCUACGGGCGUGGGCUUGAUCCCAUGGGCUCCGCUGGCUGGAGGAAAAUUGGCGAGACCAGCGGAGAGCCAUGGCAGCACGGAGAGGAGCAAGACGGCGCCGGAGCUGACGGAGGCGGAUAAGCAGAUCGUGGCGAGGGUGGAGGAGUUGGCGAAGAAGAAGGGGUGGACGAUGAGUCAGGUUGCGUUGGCGUGGGAGAAUAAGAGGGUUAGUAGCCCGAUUAUUGGGUUUAGUAGUCCGGAGAGGAUGGAUGAGGCGAUUAGUGCGAAGGGGAAGACGUUGACAGAGGAGGAGGAGAAGUAUCUUGAGGAACCUUAUGUUGCUAAGGCUAUUACUGGUCAUUCUUAGGUUUGUUGGAGGGGGUAUGAUUUGUGUGGAAUUAGUGGUUUGUAGGGGCAUACACAUAUCAAAAGCUGAGGAC